GCGUGGGGUGGGCGUGGCGGCCGGGUAACCACGUGGUCGCAGGGCUGAGUUCACACUCGAGUACAGAACUGUGGCGCGCGCUCUUUGGCACUUCAUCGAGUUCGGAUCUCAGGCCAGGGCCACUAGAGUUCGGGGUCCCUGGAGGCCGGGGUCCGCGUCCCCUGGCAUCCUGGGCGGGUGACCGAGAAGCGCAGGGGUCAUCUCCUCCGCGGCUAUGCGGAAGCCGGAUGGGAAGAUCGUUCUGCUGGGGGACAUGAACGUGGGUAAAACGUCGCUGCUGCAGCGCUACAUGGAGCGUCGCUUCCCGGACACGGUCAGCACCGUGGGCGGCGCCUUCUACCUGAAGCAGUGGCGUUCCUUCAACAUCUCCAUAUGGGACACCGCAGGGCGGGAGCAGUUUCAUGGUCUGGGCUCCCUGUACUGCCGCGGAGCGGCCGCUAUCAUCCUUACAUAUGAUGUGAACCACCCACAGAGCCUGUUUGAGCUGGAGGACAGAUUCCUGGGCCUGACAGAAACAGCCAACAAUGACUGCCUGUUCGCCAUUGUGGGGAACAAAGUGGACCUGACCAUGGAGCGGGACACUGAGGGCGGGGAGAAGGAAGGACCGGCCUCUGGGAAGGUGGGCAGCUGUGUCUCCACCAAGGUACCCAAGCAGGUGCAGCCAGAGGAUGCAGUGGCCCUGUACAGGAAGAUCCUGAAGUACAAGAUGCUGGAUGAGAGGGAGAUGCCAGCUGCUGAGCAGAUGUGCUUCGAGACCAGUGCCAAGACUGGGCACAAUGUGGACCUCCUCUUUGAAACCUUGUUUGACCUGGUCGUACCUAUGAUCACGCGGCAGAGGGCUGAGGAGUCAGAUCAGAUUGUGGAUAUAGCCAGCUGCAAAACACCCAAACAGACUAGAUCCGGGUGUUGUGCCUAAUGGCAGGAGGUCUGUCUUGGCAUGUGUGGGUGGGAGCCACUGGGCUAAGAAGUCUCACACAGCACUGGAUACCGAGGACAAUAGGCAGAGUGACCACCAGCUGCUAAUACAGGCCAGAGUGCCCAGCAACCUCUGGGUAUCCGGAGGUGGCACUCAAACCCUCUGUGGAGCCUGCCUGGUGCCACCUCAUCUACUGCCCUAUGCAUCUAUCUCUCAUGGAGAUACCACCAUGGAGUCUGCGGUCUGAAGACCUGCCUUGGACUGGUCUUGACUUUGGCAGUCACUACAUCCUGCACUGUGUCUGUUCUCAGAGGCCUGUGUUCACUGUGAUUCAUAUAGGGUCUUCCUGUUUGAUACCUGUACCUUGAUAUGUUAUGAUGAUGAUACUCCACAUUUAAUUUAUAUAAAAUUAGGAAUGGCUGUUUUUAUACUGGGUGAGGCCAGAUGGGCUCUACAUUAUUAAAAAGGAUUUGGGGAAAAGCCUUGUUCUUGGGAAUGUUUGACUUUAUUUGAACCACAGGAAAUUCCUUAAUUCUGGGAGGUGUGGUGGGGGCUGUUCAUGGGGAUGAUGGUCGCCAUGACCCGGUCAUUAAAUGUGACAAUGAAUCUUUC